ACACACGAAGAGCGAGAGGGAGAGAGAGGAUAGUGGCGCAGCAGAUCUCGGCGUAGCAGCAGUGUCGUUGUAUAUUUGUCAGUUCGACGCAGCUCGAGGAGAGACGCGGAAAAGUAUCGCUUGGACGAAGGGACCUGACACUGGGCUCGGGCUACAGCGACGCAGUAAAUGAAAGAAAAGAAAGGGAUUACAAGUUCUUUAUGUAACUCAACUUAAGGCUGUUAUAACUAUUGUAUUGCAAGGAGUACUGCAGAUUUUAUUUAUACCGUUGAAUUUGUAAAUGUUUUUAUUGAAAGAAGAUUGAAAGAAAAAAUGCAACUAGUCAGAAACCACUUUUAUAUGGAAAAUCAUAAGCAAGGUUCCUAAAUUCUAUUAUUAAGAAUAAUCAAGAUUUUGUCUACACUCUAGUAUGCUGUAAAUAAUAUUGCUUAUACUAUCUCUGAAUUAUAAGGAGGCACAGUUACUCUAAUGACUAGGAUUUAAUAUUUUAAAUUCUGAAUGAUAUUGACAAAUGCUGAGAAUAGCGAAACAGCCUGUACACAGAGUAUUGAGGAAUUUAGUGGAAAAUCCAACAGAUAACUCUGGCAAUCGAUGAAAUUAAAGCUAUUAGGGGCCGUCCUCGCGCAGUCACAUAAACGUGGGGAUUGGCCCCAAUCAAGCUGACUAAAGGGGUUCCAAUAGUUGGAUAACGGUUGUUGAGUAAAAAUAAGGUGUUCGCCUUGACCUGUAGCAGCAUUAUUAUUAACAAUUUGAAUUAAUCAGCUCAAAAAUGCUUUACGUUUUUCACGUGGACACUGGAACAACCAUCACCUUCGACAUCAAACUCGCUCUACAAAGUGUAUCCGACCUGAAGGAGGCGAUCGACCGAGAAUGUGGCAUCGCUGUAGCUCACCAAGUGCUGCUGAUGAGCGGCGGCGAGAGCCUCGAGUCCAAUGUCAGGGUUUGCUCCUAUUCCGCCGGCACGGACACAAAUCCGAUUUACCUCUUCAGCAUGGCUGCCAUCGAGAGCCAGGUGCCGCCUGUUCCAAGUCUGGAUUAUGGUUCUGAUGUGGAUUUGCAGAGCCAAGUGGACGCCUCGCUGGCGAUGCCGGCAACGUAUCAGACCCUCGUUGCUCGAGCUCAACUCGCUCAGCAGUGCUGUGGUCUCGCCCGGGACCAAACCUACAUCUGCGAGCGCCUCGUUCACGAUCAGCACCUCCAGCAGCAGGGAUGGGCGGCCGUUGUCGCGAAUCUCGAGGACAUCACGCAAACCUUCCAAUCGCGUGCCGAGGUGCUCCAGCAAAACUUCGCCAUAUACUUGUCGGAACGCCAGCAACACAUGGGACUCCUUGAAAAUUUCAACUUAGAUCUCAGAAAUUUGGAAAAGAUUCCAAUUUUGCCAGCUUUGCGCGCUCAAGCCGAAGGUCUCAUGAGUCCCGAUGAACAACAACAACAACAACAACAACAACAACCAGAGACGGGGAUCACGGGGAUCACAGAUCCACAGUCGGCGCAGGAAACAUCGGACGUGGCGGAUGCGCUGAGCCUUCUUAAGUGGAUCUCAGCCAAGGACAAUCAGAGCAGCUUGGAACAAGUGGCCGAUCAGUGUUCGCGCGGCCUCGAGCAGUUCGACGAGCGCGUAAUGGAAGCCCUCAAGAACGAGGUGGGCUGUGCCAUUGAGGCGGCUAAUAAACAAGAAAUGAAAGAGAUCAGAGGCCUCGGCGAACGUCUUUUUAGUCUACAACAAUUAAUGAUCCAAAUGAAAAAACUUGUACACGAUCAAACUGAGCUCGCUCAGGGUUUCCAUCAGAAUAAAACACGUGUUUCUAACUUGAACGAUGACAGUGUUCUUCCUGAUCUCUGUACGUCGCACCGAGAACAGCUACUCGUAAUGCUUCAGAAUCAUAAUCAACUUCGUGAUAUUCGACGUCGAUGCACCAAGGCCAAAGAAGAGCUCUCCGUGAGCAUCCACCGACGUCUUAAGUGGAUAAUGUAUGUCGAGAACAAGAUGAUGGAGCUUGAUGGGAAGUUGGUAAUGUACCAUGAAAGUCUACGACGAUUGCGUCGUCAGCUCGAGAUCCUUCGUCAGAUUCACCUGGCGCCGCAGAUGUAUGUAAAUGCAAUUGUGGAGGUCGUGCGACGAAGGGCCUUCUCCCAGGCCUUCCUCGUCUGGGCGAGCAACUUAGCUUGCCAAUUGCUCGGUGUUCAUAGCGAAGAAAUCAAAAGGAGGCGCGAAUUUCAAAGUAAAUUCGAAGGACAUUUUUUAAAUACGUUGUUUCCUGGACUGGAGGACACGCCACCUCCUUUUGCCACCCAAGCGCCAUCAAUUUUUGAUAAUGGAUUACCAAAGCUUACAACUGAUGAUAUAGAAUCGUUGAAACAGCAAUUACCAGAUUUGUCUCUGAGUGUAUCAACUCCGGAUCUGAAUAGCAUAACACAGUUUUUCUUCUCCAAGAGUCUUUCAGACAGCAGUAGUGACGGAAACAAGGAUAAAGAAAGCUCAUCAAUGCGUGUGGAUGCCCCAUCGAAGAAACAAGAUAACCCUCCAUUAAUUAGCGACAGGAGAGAUUUCGAAUCGGAAACCGACACGGAAGAAUUCGAGAAAAUCCGACAACCGUUGAUGGACUCGAAUCUAAUCGACUAUCAAAAUACGAAACAGCAGCAACAACAACAGCAACAGCCGCAGCGUCACUACCAGCAGAAUCGCCAAAAGCAAUUGGAGGAAAAUCUCGGAAGUACACGGGAGGAAAUGGAACACCUACGAGUCAUAAUCACCAAUAUGAAAGGCGUUGCGACCAAUUCUCUUCUAGGGCUUCGUGGUGAACUGAAAGUAUUGAAGGAGCAGGCAUUAGUCGACCGUAAAAGCGCAGCGAAACUCUUGGGGGAGAUCGGUGACGCUGUUAAACUGCAUACUAGUGCUUUGCAGGAGCACGAGCAGGAAUUAAACCUUGAUCACGAGUUCGAGCUUUCAGAUCUCAAGAAGCUACUGAAGUCGAGAGAUGAUCAGCUGGAGGAUUUAAAGAGGAGUCUGAUUGAUAAGGAGCAAGAGCUUUCUGAACAAGAGAGAAUUUUCAUAGCCAUAAAGCAAAAGCUGGAUGAUGAACAGCAAACGGUUAAAAAAUUACAGUGUCUUUACAGAGAAUUCGAAGAGAGAUUGGAAAAAGCACAAAUAGAUAAAGAAAAUACUGUAAAGGAGAUGAAUAAAGCUUGGUUGUUGGAGAGCAAUAUGCGGAAAGCUUCUUUUCAAGAGAGGAUCAACGAAUUGGAGGAAAAAUUAGCAACGGUGCAAAUGGAACAUCAGAAAGCUAUCAAGGAGGAAACGGAGAAGAUGCAACACGAAUGUAAAACUCAGUUGGAAACGAUUAGAAGCAGAUUUAAGUUAAUGGCUGCAUCAACGAUGGAACGAAGUCCAAGUGAUUCCAGUCUUGAAAAAAUUGAGCGUGUAGAUAUGAUAGAAUUAGUAAAUCACGAGACGAUUCUUGAACAAAUGAAAAAAGACAUGGAAAUCGAGAAGGAAAAUGCUAUUCAUUUGGCCAUAAAUCAGGAGUGUGCGGUAUUGACUCAAGAUUUAAAGCUAGCCAAAGCAAUAAUUAAGAAAAAUAAAGUAGAAUCGGACCUUCAUAGACAACAAAAGGCAGCUUUACUCGAGGAGUGUAAGCAUUAUAAAUCGACGAUACAGCAGCUUAACGAAGCCAGAUCCGUUAUUGAAAAGCUCGAAAUGGAUAAGAUAUCACUCGACCAUAAAUUAUCAUCAGAACAUGAAAAAUUGGAACAGCAUGAAAGUCACAUACGCAUAUUAGAGGCGGAAAGAGAUAAAUUGAGGCGAGAGCUUAAUGAGGGAAGAUUAAAAAUGAGUCAAUCGAAUAUUGAAAUUGAAGAAGCGUUGAAGCCAAUGGAAGAACCUAAUCAGGAUGAGGUUAGAGUGUCUGAGUCGAAGAAAGUAAGAUUAGAGGCAGAUAGUAGUUUAAUUUCAUUUCCUGGAAGAUUAGAAAUUUUGGAGGCAGAUAAUAAAAGAUUGAAUUCAGAAUUGCGAGUAUUUCUUGAGAACAAAGAAUGUUUCGAGUCUAAAGUCGAAGCUUUGGAAAAGGAAAGAAUCAGGCUAGAAGUUGAAUUGGCACAAGAGCGUUUAAAAAGGAACUUCGUCGCUGAGUCUUUGAGUGUCUCAACGAUGGCCUCGACUUCUGACAGCAAUAACGAUAAGGGCAUAAGCACAUCGAUAUCACUAGCAACACAAGUAUCUCCGACAGACCGACUGGAUGUCGCCACGAGUACGGAAAUUAAAAGACAAAGGGCAUUUUCCCUCACCGAGUCGAUGUUAGGCAAACUUAGCAAAACUUCGUAUGAGUUUAAGUAUCUGGGUUUGGUCACUUUCUCCUCUUGCAGUGAUAACGAUAUUGUUCUCAUUAUUUGGGACCAAGCACAUUGGAACUAUAUUAUUCUGCAGAAUAGUGCAACACUCUUUUUUUUGAAUCCGGAAUGUAAUAAUGCUUUAGAUCUCAAACUAAGCGUGGAUGGGCUACCGACAAAAGUAGUAACCUUGGCUAAGGUUAUCGAUAAAGACUAUUGCUCAGCUAAAAAGGCAGGAAAUCGAUACAGAGUUCCACAGGGGACUAAGUUCUACCGAGUACGAGUGAAACCACUUACCGAUUACACUCGCAAUCACGUUUCAGUCGAUAAAAAUUAACACAAGAAUUGUUAUAAUUGUUGAGAAUUAGAAGGAUGUUUGCCUAAAUAAACUAAUCUUCCUCAUUAUCGAAAAGAUUUGAACGAAAGGCCAAAACCUGCCAGUUUUGAGGCACAUCUCAAUUAAGAUUAUUAAGUGAUGUAUAAGCUACGAACAAAUGUGAAGAAAUGUGUUUCAAAAUAUAAGCACGCAACAGUGUAAGAUGCGUUGGAAUUCUAUUGUGAUAUAAGUAUUUAAACAGGAAAAAAAAUUUUUAAAAGAAGACAACAAAUGGAAUGA